GAAAACCAUCAUCUUAUCUACAACCAUCUCAUAAAAAAAAAUUGAAGAAAUGCAACCAUUCUGAUAUGUUGUUAACUAGUCAUUAUUGUUCAAAAAUAGCAACUCAUGGAGGCACAUUUGUGGUGCAAUAAAACGUACAAUUGUAUAGGGACAGAAACAUGGAGAGUUCAAUAUCCGCUCCAAAUUUUACAUACAUGUAAUUGGCAGCAACAUAUUUUUCAGCCUUUUAAUUCCUCAUUUUCCCACAGUGUGACUUGUAGACGCAUCCACCUCAAUGGAAUAAAGACAUUGGCUACAAGAAGGAGAAGAUCAAACAUAGAGACAGACACUUAUGUACUAAUGGAACCUGGAAAGUCAGAGGAAUUUGUUACUGAGGAAGAAUUAAGAGACAAGUUAAAGAGUUGGUUAGAAAAUUGGCCAGGCAAAACACUGCCACCAGAUCUUGCAAGAUUUGAAGAUACUGAUGAUGCAGUUGAAUACUUAGUAAAAUCUGUUUGUGAACUUGAAAUUGAUGGAGAUGUUGGUUCCCUUCAAUGGUACCAAGUUCGUUUGCAACAAGACAUGCCAUGACUAGGGACCAUUUCUCGAUUUGUGUGUGAUCCUUUUGUGCGAGGGUCAUACUAAUCUUCUUUGUAACGUUUCAAUUUUAUCAGAUGUUUCUGAAGGAACAAAUGACUAGUCAAUAAACUCAAACAUAUAGAUA